AUGGGUGAAUCAGACAAUACCGAUGAAAAAUCGCGAUUAAUCACCGAUGGUAGCGGUCAAAGAAAAGCUGCUCGCAGCAGUAAGACUCAAUUUGUGCGAAGUAAACGCCGAACUUAUUUAUUUGGCGAUCGUGGAGCUACCGAUGCAAGUAUUGGUGGCGAUGAUGAAUCGGAAGCAUCAGAGCUUAGAACAAGGUUUGGUAAAAGUCCUGAUGAUGACGAUAACAUCAAAGUGAUCCAACGCCAGAUACGACCGGAAGAUUCAUUAAGAAGUUUUGCAUUGCAAUACGGUUGUACGGUUGCGGAUUUAAAGAAGAUAAAUAACCUCUAUACCGAUGCAGGAUUUUACGCUUUAAAAACAAUAAAAAUACCUAUUAAAAAAUAUGGCGUUUUAGCUGAAGCAGAAGAGGAAACCCAACUUAAACUUAAUCGUUCCGCAGGAACUGAAGCUGAACCUGGAACUAGUGAGACAGAUGAUAUUGAAGGCGAUUUAGCUAAUCCUGAUGAGAAAGCUGAAAAAUUCUUUAAAGAAAAAGAUAUCGAAGUAGAAAAAUUAAAGGAAGCAACACAGAACACUAUCAAAAAAAUGGAUGACGAUGAUCCUGAAGCACCUUUAAUGUUGGGUAAUACACCCAAGAAAGAAGAUAAAAAGUCACUAGGCGCAGAUUGUGGAUUAAGUUGGGUUGGGGUUUUGGUCGUUGUUGUUAUAAUUGGCAUCGUUGCCCCUGUACUUUACUAUCUGUACUACACAUACUUUAAUAAUUCCAAUCAAAAUGAACCCGUAGAAUCUCCAACUCCAUCAUCUCCGUAUUGA